AUGGAAAUAAGAAAUAACUUGGAGGAUUCAUCAUCGUUUCUACUUUCAGGAUCUGUUCGAGAUAAUGUCGUACGGAAAAAAGGAAGACCAAAAAAGUCCACAGCAUCAAGUCUUCCUAAAUCAUCGAACAAUGGAAAUUUGGUAAUGAAAAUAAGAACGAAACCACAAAGCGCCCGUGUGAUAUUGGUACCUCCGAAAUCAAAUGAGAAGGGUGCUGUAAAGAGAAAGAGGGGAAGGCCACCUAAAAAUCGCACAUUAGUUUCACCUAUAUCAUCGAACGUAGAAGUUGCCGUACCAAGAAUGAGAGGAAAGCCACCAAAAUAUCAUUCAGAUAUAAUACCAUUUAAUAGUAAAAGUGUUAUGCCUAAAAGGAGAGGAAGACCACCAAAAAGUCGUGCAAUAUCAGAACCUUCCGAAACAUCAAGCAAUGAUAAAAGACAAAUAAGGACACCUAAAUAUAUCAAAAAGGAAUUUGGUACUAAUUCUCGAAUUCAAGUAAAAUGCCCACGAAGUGAAUCUAGGGUAGUAUCAGUGCUCAUUGAACAGAAAGCACCCUACAUGAUUAAUGAAUGCAACUCUAUUGAUUCUAACGAUAAUGAGAAAACGGAAGCAUUUACUCAAGUCAAUGAGCCCGUAGAACCCUCAGCAAUCAUUUGGUUGCCAAAACAAAAUGAGAGUACAGGAGCAUUUCGCAUUGGAGCUAACGACGUCCUGAUGGGUAUUAAUCGAAAUAACAGUUAUAUUGAAGAUACUUUAAAUUCUAUAACCGAACAAGAAAAUGUUUCGGAUCAUUCUCUGGCAUUCGAUGCUCCUUCAGUUAAUAUACUUGAUCCAUGGUUUGAUUCUUAUUUCGGGUUUUCUACAUUUAACGAUGAUCUUGUCUAG